CAGAACAAAAUCUUGUUGUGCAAGUUUUCAAAGUUUUAUCUCUUUAACCUUUGUAAAGAUUGUUGUGUUUUUCAUAUUUUUUGUAAUUAAGUAGUUCAAGCCCUCAUGUUACACUCUGUGUCUCCUCCUGUUUUUUUCUCUAGCAUAUAUAGUAGCGAUGAUGAUGAAGAAGAUGUUGAAAUGUUUGAUCAUGACUAUGAUGGUUUGCUUCCCAAGACUGGAAAACGUCAUUUAGGAAAAACCAGAUGGACACGGGAGGAGGAUGAGAAAUUAAAGAAACUCGUGGAGCAGAAUGGUACAGAAGACUGGAAAGUUAUUGCCAAUUUCCUUCCUAAUCGGACAGAUGUGCAGUGUCAGCACCGAUGGCAGAAGGUACUAAAUCCGGAACUUAUUAAAGGGCCAUGGACUAAAGAAGAGGAUCAGCGGGUAAUAGAGCUUGUGCAGAAAUAUGGGCCAAAGCGCUGGUCUGUAAUUGCCAAGCACUUGAAAGGAAGGAUUGGAAAACAGUGCAGGGAGAGAUGGCACAACCAUUUGAAUCCAGAAGUAAAGAAAACUUCAUGGACGGAAGAGGAAGAUAGAAUUAUUUACCAAGCACACAAGCGGCUGGGAAACAGAUGGGCAGAAAUUGCAAAGUUACUACCUGGACGAACUGAUAACGCUAUCAAGAACCACUGGAAUUCUACAAUGCGCCGAAAAGUCGAACAGGAAGGUUAUCUUCAGGAGUCUUCCAAAGCCAAUCAGUCCUCAGUAGCCACAAACUUUCAGAAAAGCAAUCACUUAAUGUGCUUUACUCACACUCCACCUUCUGGACAGCUCUCAGCAGCCACCCAGCCCCCACUUAACAAUGACUAUUCCUAUUACCACAUCUCUGAACCACAAAAUGUCCCUGGCCAGAUCCCAUAUCCAGUAGCACUUCAUGUAAAUAUUGUCAAUGUCCCUCAGCCAGCUGCUGCAGCUAUUCAGAGACACUAUAAUGAUGAAGACCCUGAGAAAGAAAAACGAAUAAAGGAAUUAGAGUUGCUACUAAUGUCGACUGAGAAUGAACUGAAAGGGCAGCAGGCAUUACCAACACAGAACCACACAUCAAACUACCCAGGCUGGCACAGCACCACAAUUGCUGACAAUACCAGAACUAGUGGUGACAAUGCACCUGUUUCCUGUUUGGGGGAACAUCACCACUGCACUCCAUCUCCACCAGUGGAUCAUGGUUGCUUACCUGAAGAAAGUGCAAGGUGCAUGAUCGUUCACCAGAGCAACAUCCUGGAUAAUGUUAAGAAUAUCUUAGAAUUUGCAGAAGCACUUCAGUUUGUAGACUCCGAUCCUUCAUCAUGGGGUGAUCUCAGCAGUUUUGAAUUCUUUGAAGAAGCAGACACUUCGCCUAGCAAAACUCCCUCAGGCAAAGUCGCACAGCUUCAGCAAAGAGAGGCCAUUGCGUGUAGACCUGAAGGACACUCUAGCACAAACUUGAGCAAAUUCUUAUUGAGUCAAGACUCUCUUGACUCACCAAAGCCCUUAUCUGCCUCAAAAUGCAGCACAACUCCGCUGGUCAUUCUUCGCAAAAAGAGAGGGCAUUCCAGCCACUUAGCCAGUGGCCACAGUAGCUCCUUCAUACUUGCUGACGUCAGCAGUUCAACACCUAAGCGCUCCCCUGUCAAAAGUCUACCCUUCUCUCCCUCACAGUUCUUAAACACCUCAACCAAUCAUGAAAACCUGGACCUGGACAAUCCUACAUUAACUUCCACUCCAGUUUGUGGUCAUAAGCUGACUGUUACAACACCACUUCACAGAGACCAGGCUUUUAAAGCUCAGAAGGAAAAUAAUCUUUUCAGAACUCCAGCCAUCAAAAGGUCAAUACUGGAGAGCUCUCCAAGAACACCUACUCCAUUCAAAAAUGCACUUGCAGCUCAAGAAAUGAAAUAUGGGCCUUUAAAGAUGCUGCCUCAAACACCAACUCACCUUGUAGAAGACCUGCAAGAUGUUAUCAAACAGGAGUCUGAUGAAUCUGGAAUUGUGUCUGGCCUACAUGAAAAUGGACCCCCUCUGCUUAAGAAGAUAAAACAAGAGGUGGAGUCGCCAACAGAUAAAACUGGAAGCUUCUUUUGCUUAAAUCACUGGGAAGGGGAAAACCUGAACGCUCAGCUCUUCACACAUACAUCUGCCAUGGAGGAUGUUCCGAAUCUUCUUACUAGUUCCAUUUUAAAGAUGCCAGUGUCAGAAGAGGACAGCAGCCUUCACAGACCAUUUGCAGUACCUAGAAAUAGGCCGUUGGGUAAUCCGUUGCAGCAUCUGAGCAGUAGCUGGGAAUCGGCCUCCUGUGGGAAGAUAGAGGAUCAGAUGACCCUUACUGAUCAGGCACGUAAAUACAUGAAUGCAUUCACAACCCGGACUCUGGUGAUGUAAAAAGGGUCCACAAGACAAGCAUUAUGGUUUUCAAAACACUUCAAGUUGACUUGGAAUUUACCGUUCCUCUGCAUGAAAACUUUUCAUGAAUGGGAGAAGAGCAUAUUUUUGUUGUGGUACAACAGUUGGGAGCAGCACAAAGUGCAUUUAGUCACUGAGCAUAUUCUUGUUGGAUUUCACCCAACUUAAAAGGAUUUUUUUUAAAUAGAUGACACUUGCCUAAAUUAUUAGGUAUUGAAUUUAAUCAAUUAAUUAUUAAUUAUCUUAAAUGCAGACUUAUGCUAGAAAAUAAUUUUUGUACUUUUUGAGAUCAAGCCGACCUGAUACACCAGUAUUGUUAUUUCAGUGAUAAAAUAUGUGGGUUUUUUAUAAAGAGCAGGUACUCAGUUUUAUUUUAAAUCACUGAGUGAAAUGCAUUGGUAUGAAAUACUGCAGUGAAAAGCAUUACUACAAACGCUAGCAUGUUCAAAGGUGGAAACCGAUCGAGAUUUUGAAUGCUCAAAUACAUACCAUUUUGAAGUACUCUGAUUUUUUCAUGGUCCUUAGACCCUAUAUGCAUUGUGUGUUUCUGUUUUAUUUUGGGGAGGGGCAGGAUUUUUUAUUAGCUUGCUUUAAAAAUUAUUACUGUAUGAAACAUAGAUUUAUGAGAACAAAUUAUAUUUUUAUUCAGUAAUUUAAUUUUGUAAAUGCCAAAUGAAUACUGUGUUUUGCUGCUAUGGACCUUAGCAUGUAGUCGUGCUGCUAGUGUAAAAGGGGCAGUAGAGCUUUAUAUGAGAGGAAACAAAUUUUGAUGUUAGCUAAUUGACUAUGCACUAGCAUUUCAGACUUUUUAAAGUUAUAAUUUACAUUUUUUCCUUUUUAUAAGCAAUACUUUGAACACUGUUCCUGGGAGAGUUUUAUUUUUUAUCUGGUUGCGUUUUAUUUCUCAUUGGUUUGUAAUGGCAUGCGUUGCACCUUCAUAUGUUUGGGAGAACACUGUCUUGUUCAUGUCGUCUUUUUUGUUCCAUGUUUUGCUAAUUGUUCCCUAACUUGGGUUUUUUGUACUGAAUUGAGGAUAUUAGAAAUGAUGGCUCUAUGUACUGCCAUAUCAAACUUUUAUGGCAAGAACAUUGUUUUGUUUUGUUUUAAAUAAAUUUUGACUUGGCUGCCUUAAUACCAUUUGGUGCAGCUUCAUCUGCACUUAAUUUUUGAUACAACCAUGUACUGCCUUGUAGAUAAAUAAA